GUGAAGUUAAAAGUAACACAAAAAAGGAAGGAAGGGUGAGGACCUGCGCCUGAGCAUUAAACUAUGACAUUUGACGGCUAAUGGAAGAUACAUAAUAACUAAUCCAAGACAACAACCAAAUGUUGCUAAACUGAAGGAAAAGCACACUUUCGUGGAUCUUCAAACCAUUUGGAUGUGAGUACUAGCAGAGGGCCAAGAUGACUAUGACCUCUCCAGAACGCCUCAGUCAGCCCAUCCCUGUGCCGACGCUAACAGUCCUGCCACCGUCCUCGGACACGGAGUCAUGGUCGCGCUCGCCCAGCCCCCGCCAGACCCGAUGCCACCGCCACAGCCGUUCGCACCGCAGCCGCCCCAGGACAACCCGCCCGGAGGGCGAAGACCAGGGAUGUGCGCCUCUCAAACGCCAAUGGAGCCGGAGUCCCAAAGCAAAGCGUGUGGGGGCAGCAAUGGAUGAUCACGCUCUCUCUCAGAUGGAUAGAGAAGAAGAGCCAGGGGGGGACCGCUUACUUCUGCCCUCCCGUUCCCAGUCACGCAGCCCCUCACCCAGCCGUCGCUCCCGCUGGUCCCUGAAGAGCCUGCUGGGGAGGGAGUCGGAAUGGGACAGCUGCAGCACGGCCAGUAACUCCCCACGCAGCACCCCCGGCAGCUCCCCUUCCCUGCGCCGAAGGGUCCUGGGGGGAGGCAGGGCGAGCGAGAGCGAAGGAGGAGGAGGUGGAGAGAGGACCAGCGGAGGAGGAGGUUCUGACAGCCCCCUGCCCUCCGCCGCCUCUGCCUCCUCACUCUCUUCUGCAUACCCCAUCGCCUCAAGACACUUCUCACGCAAUGCCAAGAAAAUGCAGAGCUGGUAUAAUGUUUUAAGUCCCACAUAUAAACAAAGAAAUGAAGAUUUUCGCAAAAUUUUCAAAAAGCUUCCUGAUACAGAACGUCUAAUAGUGGACUAUUCGUGCGCUCUGCAGAAGGACAUUUUACUUCAGGGCCGUCUAUAUUUGUCAGAGAACUGGCUGUGUUUCUACAGCAACAUCUUCCGCUGGGAAACCACUAUCACUAUCCUGCUGAAAGAUGUCACCUCGCUCACCAAGGAAAAGACUGCCAAGCUCAUCCCAAAUGCCAUUCAGAUCAACACUGACAAUGAGAAGCACUUCUUCACCUCUUUCGGAGCCAGGGACCGGAGCUUUAUGAUGAUUUUCCGACUGUGGCAGAACGCACUAAUGGACAAGUCUCUAUCGCCUAAGGAGCUCUGGCACAUUGUGCAUCAGUGUUAUGGUACAGAGCUGGGUCUCACAAGUGAAGAUGAUGACUAUGUCUCCCCCACAGGCGAACACAUGAAUGGCCUACUGCCAGGGGAAGAGUCCAUCUCCGUCACAGACUUGUUGGACCUGAGCUCGGUGACUUCUUCAGGCAGCUCACCUCCUCCUCCUCCUCUUCCUCUGGUACCUCCUGUCCUCUCGCCCUCCUCCAGCAGCCUGGGAGCACCCGCUUCACCCUCCUCCACUUCCUGUCCGCCCAUAGAGGUGCCUUCCUCCUCAUCAGGACCCAGGCUGAGCAGUGACCCACCUGACCCCAGCCCACCCACACUUCAGAGCUCAGUACCCACCAUCUCUAUGCCCAGCAUCUCUGCCCCGGCCUCAGCUACUACCUCGUUUUAUCUGGAGGAGGGUGGGGACAGUCUGUCGGAAUCCACUAAUCAGAUGCAGCCCGUGCACACCACCAGCCUGGGAAACCUCUCCUCACUGGACAUUACCAACGAUGAGGACCUGCCCACAGACCCCAGCAACUCCUCUGACACGCAGGAAGAGAGUGAAGUGGAGUCUUUCUGUGCCAACCUGGGGGGCCGGCUGCACAUAAAUGCAGUGGUCGGCAUGAGUGUGGACAAGCUACACGACCUUCUCUUCUCUGCCGACACACAUUUCAUACAACAUCUCUUUUCCCAGAGACACUUCACUGAUUUGUCAGUGGGUGAAUGGCAGCAGGAUGGCAGCACAGGGAACACCAGUCGAGUACUGAGCUACACUAUCGCCCUGAACAACCCCCUCGGCCCCAAAACCGCUCCUGUUGUAGAGACACAGACACUGCAUAAGAGCAGUGUUCGGAGCGAGUGUUUUGUGGUGGACUCAGAAGUCAUCACCUCAGGCAUCCCGUACCAGGACUACUUCUACACUGUCCACCGCUACUGCCUGACCUCCGUGAACAAACACAAGAGUCGCCUACGGGUUUCCUCUGACAUCUGCUACAGGAAGCAGCCGUGGAGCCUGGUCAAAGCCCUGAUUGAAAAGAACACCUGGAGCGGCAUUGAAGAGUAUUAUAGACACAUGGAGAGUGAAGUAUGUAAAUUGGAGACACUGCUCCAGUCUGAGGUGUCCGUGGUGACAACAGGCGAACCAGUGGGCCCGGACACAGCCAAGACUCCCUCAUCUCUACGGCGACGCAAACGCACAUGCUCCAGGCGGCAGGGCGACCGGGACAGAGAGAGGGAGGGAGGGGGGCUGGGGUCAGGAGGCGCAGGGGACAGGGGUGUCGGAGAGGACCGCGACAGAAGUCAGUCAGCCAGUUCCCAAUAUAUGAAACUUGGAGAACGGCCUCGAGGUGGAGGACAAAACGUAUCCACUAUCCUCCUCAUAGUCAGCUUCAUCCUGGUGGUGCUGGUGGCUCUGAACAUGCUGCUCUUCUAUAAGCUCUACGGCCUGGAGAGAGCGGCUCACACACUGGAGACAUGGCACUCAUACUCCCUCUCAGACAGCCCUCUGCCUCAGUCGGCUGCAGAGUGGGCUCAGGUGCUCCAGCUGCAGAGACAAUUCCACCAGGCUCAGCUCAACAAGUGGCAGCAGAUCCUCCAGUCUUCUGUCGCGUUACUUGACCAGAUGAAGCAGUCUUUGGAGAAGCUCCAUCGGGGCAUUGUGGUGCCAGAGGUACAACAGGAGGGGCCCGACGACCCAACUGAAACGUGACCCCUCCCGUCUCCUCACAGAACCUGCAGGGGGACACAGAGACUACAUUACCCACAACCCCCUUUGUCCUGACUCACUUGAAAAGCGGCGUUGUUCAACCUCAGCCAACUUUUAAUCAAACUGUUAAGAGACCGUAAGCUACAAGGACCACAGCAAUAAAUUCUCACUUUUCGGUAUUUUUCCAUUUCACAAUUCUCACAGUUGACCACAAUCUCCUGCAAACUCUUCCUAGCGCAUUUCAAAAAAGGAACUAAUGGUUUCGCUCCUCUGAGAAUACUUUCCUCAAGCCUGCUGAAUCCAUGGAUGAAACCACAGACACUGUAUUCUAGCAUUUUCUAUUUUUAGAUGUCAGUUCAAAAUGUUCCACCUUCCAUCUGGAUUUCUAUCUUGUGUGAAAACGGUGCAAAAUUUGUAUAUCGGACCAUCCAGUAUUUAUUCUGAUAAUCUGAUCGUCCUGUCCUGCUAUGGUCGUGGUAUCUUGUGAUUUUUCAAAGCGUGGACCAAGACAAGCUUCACAAAGACUGAUGAGCAAUAAUGACAAUAGCGAUUCUUUUGAAUGUUUGAAAAAAGUAGUGUAUUACUAUAAUAAUAAUAUUGAAAUGCGUGGACUGGGGAAGAAUCAUUUCACGGAAUCCUGUUACAGACAUUUCAUAUUUUGUAUCAGAUUGUAUUGCCAUUCUUUUUAACAUAGACCAGUUCAAGAUUAGCAAAGCAUCUGCCUAGCCUGAAAAUGUAUGGUGAAAAUGGACCAACCAAGACAUUGUAGUUAAAAGGGAAUCCAGUAUUUUUUCUUUUUUCGUUUCAUUUCACAUGUUUAUCGCUGUCUUAUUUCAUCACUUAAAGGGCCUAUAUACAUUUUUUUAGCUAUGUUAUGAUGUUGUAUCCUCAUCUGAAACGUAGUUGUAAAGUUGUGAUUUGUUUCAGUCUAGGGUUGUCAAAAGUAUCAAAUCAGAUACUAAUCGAUACUAAAAGUAGUAUCGAAAAUAGAUACUCAUUUGAGCAGGUUUUGAAACAAAAAAAUGUCACAUUCAUAGGACAGAAAUGAACCUUUUCUGAACAGCUUUAGAAUGAUCUUGAGCUAUAUCAGAACAAGUAUAAGACGACAGACUUGUAUACGCACAUGGACCACUAUGGAAUCUACCGGGACGAAUGAAGGAUUUUAGUAUCGUGACUAUUGUACAUGUUUAGCACACAGAUUCCGCAUAUUUAGGCUUGGUCUUCUCUCAAACUGACUCACCGCCUUGUGAUGUCAUCAAGUGGUAACACAGGAAGUGCUCCACGCUCUUUUUAAACUCUAUACACCUUCACUAGAAUCAUUUUAAUAAUUUGCAGCCCUGUUGCCAAAUUUGGAAGCCAGAGGUCUGUGCAAUGCGAGAGCUAUUGUAGCUUUUCUCUGGCAAUCUCAACUGAGCAAACGGGAAGGGAAGUUCAAUUGAGACAAAAAAGCUGUUAACUUCUAAACUACCACUUAAUGACAUCACAAGGUUGAACAGAGCAAACAAAUUACAACUCUGGGUAUGUUUUUGAUGAGGUAACAACCUUCAAACAUGGCUAAAAGCUCUAGUAAAUUUUGUGUAAUAUAGAACCUUUAAUUUCAACCUCUGUGAUGUGAAAUAGUCCUCCACAUUCUUGAACACUCCACUUUGCCAGUCUUUGGGCUCUCUCUCUCUCUGCGUCUCACCGAGAAGUGGCGGAUGUGUACAGAAGCGCCCGGGCCCUGCUGUGCGCGGCCCGGCGUUUUAAAAGAAAAAAAAGAUGAUAUUUAUUAAAGGAGGAUGGAGGAGGGGGGGAGGGAGUGGUGCUGGCCCGACCAAGGGAGAGAAGCAAAAGAGGGUGAGAAUGUACUGUAAAGAUGUGAUUGUACAUGAGAAAAAACAUGGAGGAUAAUGAACAUGUCUAAAACACGCAAUACUGUCUUUGUUUUUAUUCUUUCUGUGUUUUU